GACCCUACAAGAAGUUGGAGUAAAUCAGACGGUAUCAAAAGGUUAUCAGACGGAAAAAGCGGAGAAAACGAACACCUAUACAACAAAGGAAGUUAAAAUCCGAACGUCAUCAAUAGUUAUCACCAGUUACAUCAAGGCACAACACGAUCUAAUCGGAUGGAUGAUCCUAGGGGAAAAACAGAAAUCGUCUGAGCAACGAUUUGUAGGAUCAAGCACAAAUGGAAAGAAAAGACGGGACAUAGGAUAA